CCACUUCCGAGCUGUGGAGGCUGCUGUCAAGGAGGACGCCCUGGAGCUGCUGAUGAGCGUGGUGUCCCAUCAUUCCAACGAACUUCCUGCCAUCUUGGGCGAUUCCGGACUGAGCCACGCCGACCGUGCUGCUCACCUCAACGCCCUCAAGAUGAACUGCUACUUGCUGACUGGCCUGGUGGAUGCCUUCGAAAUUGAAACCUGCAAGAGUGGGUUGUUGGAGGUGGAUCCUGGUGGGAAGAACAAGAAGAACCGUACCAAGAUCUCGGGAUCCUUUUGGGAAGAGGAGAGGGAGCCGCUUUUACGGCUGCUCACACAGCUGCUACAGCUGGAUCUCCGUCAGCUUUGGGGUGGUUUGGUGGUGGAAGAAGAGUUUGUCAGCUUAAUGACAGGAAGCUGCUACCGUGUCCUGGAGAAUGCAAGCAUCGGUCUUCAGAAGUACCGGGCCACGCGGGAGGCUGUGACACAUCUGCUUGCUGCGGCUCUGGUUCACUAUGAUCACAUGUUCAGUGCCACUCUGAAGAUCACGCAGAUGCUGCAGCACUUUGAACACGUAGCCCCGGUGUUUGCACAGGCUGUGAGCCUCUGGGCUACAGAUUAUGGUCUGAAAGGCCUGGUGGGCGAAUUGCUAAGGGAAAUCGGACAGAAAUGCCUGCAGGAUCUGGCUCGUGAUGCUUCUGGAAUCAAGGGUUAUGCCACCUUUAUAACAGAACUGGCUGAACACAUUCCAGCUCUAGUGCUCUCCAACAUAAGCGUUCUCCUGCGUCACUUGGACGGAGAGAGCUACGUGAUGCGAAACGCCAUUCUGGCGGCUAUGGCAGAAGUGCUGCUGCAGGUGCUGAAUGGUGACCAGCUGGAGGAAGCUGCCCGUGGCACUCGGGACCAGUUCCUGAAUAUGCUGCAGGCCCACGUCUGGGAUGUCAACGGCUUCGUGCGCAGUCGUGUGCUCCAGCUUUUCACUCGGAUUGUUCAGUGCAAGGCCCUGCCUUUGACUCAGUUUCAGUCGGUGGUGUCGCUGGCUGUUGGGCGCCUCAAAGACAAAUCCGUGAUAGUCGUCAAAAACGCGAUCCAGCUCCUGGCUGCGUUUUUAUCCAACAACCCCUUCUCCUGCAAGUUGAGCUGUACUGACUUAGCUGAGCCGCUGAAGAAAGAGGUCCAGAAGCUGCAAGAAAUGAGGGGCUGUGACAGAUCUACAGCAGCUCCAGCAGUCACCCCAGAGGAAGAGUGGGAAGCGAUGCUGCCAGAAGUUAGGGCUGCCACACAGCAGCUCUUUCUGCGGCUGCAGGAAGAGGAAGAGGAAGAGGAGGUGCUGGAAAUCGAGGAAACAGUGGAGAGUACAUCAGAGCGAAUCACUGGGCUGCUGAGGAAGCUGAAUUACAAGAGUGCAGCCCGCCUUACGCAGAAGGCCCUGGGUCGCUUCCAGGGGAAGGAGCCCUUCAGCAGCCCCACAGAGGAGGAUGAGGAGGCAACAAUCCUGGCCGUUCUGAAGAGACUUUACACAGGUUCGUGCACUGAAGAAGGCUUCAAGACUGAAGAAGUUGUACCAGAAGAGCAGCUUCAAACAGAGCUGGUCAAACAGGAGAUGUUGGUGCAAUACCUGCAAGAUGCUUACAACUUCUCCGUGAAAAUCACAGAAGCCCUGAGCCUGAUCAGCAAGAUGAUGUAUGACAGCUGUGUCUCAGUGGUGCAGGAAGCCAUCGAGUUCUUUGUGACGGUCUCGCAGUUCGGCGUGCCCCAGGCACUGCUCGGAGUCCGCAGGAUGCUCCCGCUCAUAUGGUCGAAGGAGGCUGGCAUUAAGGAGGCCGUGCUGAACGCCUACAGGCAGCUCUACCUGAGCCCCAGCGGGGAUUCGGAGAGGGCCAGGGCCCAGAGCCUGGUGCAUUCUCUCUCUCUCAUCAUGGUGGAUGCUUCGCUAGGAACGAUACAGUGCUUAGAAGAAAUAAUCUCAGAGUUUGUGCAGAAAGAUGAAAUAAAGCCUGCUGUGAUCCAGCUGCUUUGGGAACGAUUCACGGAAAAAUCUCCGUGCUCGUCGCUAGAACAACGUGCUGCGGUGAUGCUGCUGGGGAUGAUGGCACGGGGGAAGCCAGAGAUCGUAGGGAGCAACUUGGAUGUCUUGGUGACAGUGGGGCUGUCGGAGAAGGCGUGCGAAGACUUUCGCCUGGCUCAGGAAGUAUGCAACGCCAUCUCCAAACUCGCCAGCAACCCGAAGCCAGCACUGGGGAAGAAGGAUGGACCUUUUCGACUGCCGCAGGACCACAUGCUCUUUGAGUGCCUGAGUGAGACUGUGACUAAAGGCUUUGCCCAGCCAAGUGGUCACUGGAUCCCCUUCAUGGAGGCAGCAGUAACGCUCAUCUACCAGCUGGCAGAAGGGGCGGAGGAGAUUUGUGCUCACAUCCUGCAGGUGUGCAGUCAGAAAGCUCUGGAGAAGCUGCAGGAGGCUGAUGAGCAGAAAGCUGAUCCAGAGGUUUCUCCCAGCAGACUGGUGUCCCUCGUGGGACAGGUGGCACUGCGGCAGGUGGCGUAUUUGGAAGUGUCAGUGAGUGCAGAGCUACGCAGACGCCGCAUCCUCACAGAGGAGGGGAAGACCAAGAAGCCACCUGGCAGCAGCAUGAAGAAGCAGAGACCCCAGAGCACAGGAAACGAGACCACCACUAUGGAGGAGGAGCUGGGCCUCGUGGGCGCCUCAGCUGACGACACGGAGGCUGAGCUCAUCCGCAGUAUUUGUGAGACGGAACUUCUAGAUGGGAAGCACCUGCUCUCUGCCUUCGUUCCACUGGUGCUCAAGAUCUGCAACAACCCGGGGCUCUACAGUGACGCGGCGCUCUCGGCUGCUGCAGCCCUGACUCUUGGCAAAGUCUGCAUGAUCAGCUCGGAGUUCUGUGACUCCCACUUGCGCCUGCUGUUCACCAUGAUGGAGAAGUCCACUCUGCCUGGUGUGAGAGCCAACCUCAUUAUUGCAGCAGGAGAUUUGGCCAUCCGUUUCCCCAACCUGGUGGAGCCUUGGACAUCACAUCUCUAUGCCAGGUUGCGGGACCCCUGCCCAAGCGUGAGGCAGACGGCUGGGCUGGUGAUGACUCACCUCAUCCUCAAAGACAUGGUAAAGGUGAAGGGCCAAGUGAGCGAAAUGGCAGCUCUGCUCAUAGACCCAGAGGAGGCAAUCAUGGGAGUGGCUCAGAACUUUUUCAGUGAACUCUCCAACAAGGGUAACGCCAUCUAUAACCUGCUUCCAGACAUGAUCAGUCGUCUCUCGGAUCCCAGCUGUGGCAUAGAGGAGGAAUCCUUCCGCACUAUUAUGAGACAUCUCUUCUCCUAUAUUACAAAAGACAAACAGACAGAGAGCUUGGUGGAGAAACUUUGUCAGCGAUUCCGGACUGCCAGAACCGAGCGUCAGUAUCGGGAUCUGUCCUUCUGCCUUACACUGCUUCCCCUCUCGGAACGGGGCCUUCACAAGCUGCAGGACAACUUUGAGUGCUUUGCAGACAAGCUCCAAGACCCAGCUGUCUACAGUUCUUUCCAAACUGUGCUGUCUCGAUUCCGCAGAGCAGGUGGCAAACCUGAGACUAAAGUUCUGGCUGAAGAGCUGGAGCAGAAGCUGUCUGCCUGCCAUAACCGAGGGCUGGAUUCAGCAGAGACGUGCCAGGAAGGCAGCAAAACUCCGAUGCCAGAGAUGGCCAAGCGGAAACCAACAGGAAGUUCACGCCGCCAGCCCCUCAGCACGGCCAACAGGGAUGAGGAUUUCGUCACACCCCAGCCUCGAACCCUCCGAAACCACAAGCGUGCUCAAAAGCACCCUCUCCCAAAAAAGCUGUUAUCACCUUCUCCAGUGAUGAGGAGAACAGCUCUGAGGACGAGCUCUCGGCAGAACUAAAAGAGGAAGAAACCCCCACCAAAACAACCCCCAUCACCAGAUCUUCAGCCCGCCGGCUGCGCUGAGGGAGCCAUCUGCCACCGGCUUUAACUAAAAAUAAAACUUGUUUUAUGCA